GGCUCAGUGUUGAGUCGGGGGCGGGUUGAGGGGUUCAGGACUUAUGUUUGUCCCGGCCCUAGGGAUUUAGAGGCUGGAGACUAUACCUGUCUUUUCCAGGAUAGUGACUUAAUAGGUGAUCUCAAAGAUUCCCCUCUGCCUUCAUUUCUAUCAGUUCAAGUUAAGGAAACUGGGGAAGGGGCAAGGGACUUCUCUCAACUGAGUAGGAGAAGAACUCAUUCACAAUCCCCUUAGGCCUAGAACCACAUCUCCCCUCAAAUCUUUUUGCUGAAAAUCUACUUAAGGUCUGUAGAGGGACAGGGGGGUGGAGGAAUGAGGGAUGAGGGGGCUACCAGGGGCUCUUUGACAAAUCUCAGCUUCUCUGUCCCUGAGCCUAGGCCAAGGAUAACUCUGAUGAGCUCUCCUCACUUGCCCCCUUGUUGGGUUUGUGCUUGUGUUGGGGAGGUGGGCUGCAGAAGUCUUUCCUUUUCAUAGUGAUUACUGCAAUUGGUGGAGGAGGGGUCUGGGGGUGGCAGAUGGGCUCUUAGCUCUUUUUUCCCCCCCUUUCUCAGAGAAUGGUCUGUACCCAUUGCAACCGGGAGGGUUAUAAAAGAGCAGAUGGCCACCCCCAGCUUCCAAUGUCUGCCCAGAUGGCUGCCCCCACUGCCAUGCUCAGAUAUAAAGGAACCUCCACAUGUAACUGGGGGUGCCAGGCCUAGGGAGCCAGGUGUUUACUGUCCUUCCUCCCAAGGGUGCCCUGGUGAAAUUUUCUUCCUGGCCAAGCCAAAUGAGGAUGGCAAGAGAGUGAGCCCUGGGGGAGAGGGGCUGAGUAUCACAGAAUGGAAAUUCUGGGAGCUCCCUGGGGACCCUGAAUCUAGAGCUGAAGCAACAUCUGUCAUUCCCUUUCUCCCCCCACCUCACCCCACCCCAUCAGAGUCCUACUCCAUUGCUGGCAGUGAGGGGAGUAUCUCAGCUUCAGCUGCCUCGGGUCUGGCUGCCCCCUCUGGCCCCAGCUCUGGUCUCAGCUCUGGCCCCUGUUCCCCGGGCCCCCCACGGCCAGUCAGUGGCCUGAGAAGAUGGUUGGAUCAUUCCAAACAUUGUCUCAGUGUGGAGACUGAGGCAGACAGUGGCCGGGCUGGACCAUAUGAGAACUGGAUGCUGGAACCAGCCAUAGCCACAGGGGAGGAGCUGCCAGAACUGAACCUGCUGACCACAUUGUUGGGAGGCUCCGGGGAUAAGACACAGCCCCCUGAAGAGGAGACUUUGUCCCAAGCCCCUGAAAGUGAAGAGGAACAGAAGAAGAAGGCUCUGGAAAGGAGUAUGUACGUCCUGAGUGAACUGGUAGAGACAGAGAAAAUGUAUGUGGACGACUUGGGGCAGAUUGUGGAGGGUUACAUGGCCACCAUGGCUGCUCAAGGGGUACCCGAGAAUCUUCGAGGUCGUGACAGGAUUGUGUUUGGGAACAUCCAGCAAAUUUAUGAGUGGCAUCGAGACUAUUUCCUUCGGGAGUUACAGCGCUGUUUGAAGGAUCCUGAUUGGCUGGCUCAGCUAUUCAUCAAACACGAGCGCCGGCUGCAUAUGUACGUGGUGUACUGUCAGAAUAAGCCGAAAUCAGAGCAUGUGGUAUCAGAAUUUGGGGACAGCUAUUUUGAGGAACUACGGCAGCAGCUGGGGCACCGCCUGCAGCUCAACGACCUCCUCAUCAAACCAGUGCAGAGGAUCAUGAAGUACCAGCUGCUGCUCAAGGAUUUUCUCAAAUAUUAUAGGAGAGCUGGGAUGGAUACAGAAGAGCUGGAGCAAGCGGUGGAGGUCAUGUGCUUCGUACCCAAGCGCUGCAAUGACAUGAUGACCCUGGGGAGACUUCGGGGGUUUGAGGGCAAACUGACUGCCCAGGGAAAGCUCUUGGGCCAGGACACAUUCUGGGUCACGGAGCCGGAGGCUGGGGGGCUGCUCUCUUCCCGAGGCCGAGAGAGGCGUGUCUUUCUCUUCGAGCAAAUUGUCAUCUUCAGCGAGGCCCUGGGAGGAGGAGCACGAGGUGGAGCGCAGCCUGGUUAUGUGUACAAGAACAGCAUCAAGGUGAGCUGCCUGGGACUGGAGGCAAACCUCCAAGGUGACCCUUGCCGGUUUGCACUGACCUCCAGAGGGCCAGAGGGUAGGAUCCAGCGCUACGUCCUACAGGCUGCAGACCCUGUGGUCAGUCAGGCCUGGAUCAAGCAAGUGGCCCAGAUCCUGGAAAGCCAGCGGGACUUUCUCAAUGCGCUGCAGUCACCCAUUGAGUACCAGAGACGGGAGAGUCAGACCAACAGCCUGGGGCGGCCAGGAGGGCCUGGGCUGGGGAGCCCGGGGAGAAUUCGGCCUGGAGACCGGGCCCAGCUCAGCACACACACUCCCAUCAAUGGCUCUCUCCCCUCCCUGCUGCUGUCACCCAAGGGGGAGGUGGCCAGAGCCCCCCUGCACCUGGACACACAGGCCCCCAGUGCCAUCCUCCAGGCUCCUCAUGACUCUCCUCCAGUUCCACCAAUUCCGGACACCCCUCCCUGCCAAGCCAGACUUGCCAAGCUGGAUGAAGAUGAGCUGUAAACUGGUGAAGGCCAUGGGGGUGGUGCUGACUCAGCCACUCUGUUCCCCCAGGAACUUCAGGGCAAUCUUUUGGCACUGCUCCAGAAUUCCUCCCUCUUGGUGUGUCUGGAGGGUGGGCAAGGCUGGGAGUGGUGUCAACUUGGAGGAGGGCACCUAGAUUCAAAAAGACUAUUUUCUGCCCAAGGAACACAGCUUCCUUCAGCUCCCACCCCUAUGCAUGCAUCACAGGUCCCCCCCAAAAGGAGGAUAUGUGGGUGGGUGGGAGGGCUGGGGCAAAGGCCAGAUAGAAAUUAUUGGUUUGUUUUUGAUUUUUCUGUUUUCUGAGAAUAAAGGUUUUGUUAUAUCACUAAA